AUGCAAGCCUUCAACAUUAAUAAGGAGUUGGCAAAUAAGACCAAGGAGGCUGCUAGUUUGCAGAGGGCCAUUAACAAGGCUGAGGCCAAGAUGAAGACUUUAACAAACCAGGCCAAGGAAGCCAAAAAAGCUAAGGACGAGGCCGAUGAGAGGGCAGGGGCUGCCGAGGCUAUUGCCAAAGUUCUCAAAGCCAAAAAGAAAGAGGCUGAGGAAAAGAAAGCCAAAGCCCAGGCUGAGCUUAUUGCUGCCCUGGCUACAAAGGACGUCAAGAUCAAAGCGGCUGAUGAGAAGACGUACGCCGAGGGGGCAGCCGACGUCAAGGAAGAUUACAAGAAACAAGUGAAGCAGGAUGAGGAGGAUGAGGUUUCCAAAGAUGCUACCCCUGAGAAGACGAUGUCUGACGCGCCUAUCGCCGAGAAGAGCCUCGACCAGACUCUUCAAGAGAUCGAUGCCGAGCUCGCGGUUGAGAAGGCAGCCGAGAAGUCUUCCCAACUGUCUUUUGGGGCUGAAACACAACCCGCCGCCAACGCCGAGUAG